AGUACUUAUUCAUUCAUCGAGUGGAUUACCUUAAGAUCGCAGCAAUGGCAGCUAAGUUGGUUGUAGUUCUCGCCCUUGCGGCCGUGGCCCACUGUUCCGUGGUGCCUGUAGCGCCCCUUGCGCGAGUAGACGCCGACUACACAAGCUUCUCCUACGGAGUGGCUGACCCCCACACCGGCGACUACAAGAGCCAGGUGGAGACCCGCGUCGGCGGCAAUGUCGUCGGGCAGUACUCGCUCCUCGACUCCGAUGGCACAAAACGUACCGUUGACUACGCUGCUGAUGACGUCAAUGGUUUCAACGCGGUUGUGAGGAAAGACCCUGUGAUCGCCGCCGCGCCUGUUGUUGCUGCCGCACCCGUUGUCGCCGCUGCUCCCGCCGUGGUUGAAGCGCGUGUUGCCGCCCCCGUCGUUGCCACCCAUGCCGUCGCCGCCCCUGCUGUGGUCGCCGCGCGUGCCUACGCCGCUCCCGCCGUGGUCGCUGCCGCUGCCCCCGUGGUCGCCCACGCUGCCCCCGUGGUCGCUCGCACUUACGCAGCCGCCCCCGCCGUAGUCGCUCACGGCUACACCGGCUACCCCGCUCCCCUCACCUACGCCGCUCAUGCCACCCCUCUUGCUUACUGGUAAAUUAUAGAACUUGAAAGGAGGUGUGAGUUCCAACCACGGUGUUCCGCUUGUUGUAAAAAUGUAUAUUUAUUAAUUACUUAAAAAAAUGAAUAAAAAUUAAAAAGUGAAACUACCUA